ACAGCACACACAUGCUUCAUCACACACAUACUCUGAACUUUUAGCACAUAUAGGAGAGACAUCCUGACUAAUGCUGGCUGCGGACGGUGGAGCGGCUCUCUGCAGGCUGAACACUCAGGAGACGACACCGUUGCCACAACCAGAGCAGAUAACAGCCGUUAGAAUAAAGAUGGAGACUGCUCAGGAACGGAAGCCAAAAAGGCCCCACUACAUUCCCCGACCGCUAGGCAAGCCUUACAAGUACCAGUGUUUCCAGUGUCCCUUCACCUGCAACGAAAAGUCCCAUCUCUUCAACCACAUGAAAUACAACUUGUGUAAAAACUCCAUCUCCCUGAUGUCGCAGAAAAAUGGACAGACAGCCCGACAGGUCAAGGCUGUAGUAAAGGGAGUCCCGGCCAAAUCUAAGGACUGCCCAAGCCCCGUGCCAGCAGCUGAGAACAAUAGUCCUGAGAAACAGGAGCAUGAGAAAAAGGCUGAGAACACAGACACAGAAGAAGUAGAGGUUGGGUGUGACAGUGCGGUCAAUAAGGAAAACCAGAGUGGGACAAUAUCAAAUACAGAAACAAACGGAGGGAACAAGGAGAGCGCUGAGGGCAUGUCUUUGCCACGCCCUUCUGCCUUCUCCCCCGUCACACCCAAAAGUGACGGAGCAGAAGCCUUCGAGUCGUCUGUGCCACAGUCAGAGGACUCACAAGCUGCUGCUCCCACUUUCAGCCACCCAGGCUUCCCGUGGGGUACGCUUUCACCCUCCAUUCCACUAAAACCAUUCCCCCCUCCCAUGGUUCCUGAAUACUCUCCUUAUCUCCUUCAUGACCGGCCCCUGUAUCCUCCAUACUACCUCCCAGCUAACCACCCUGCGAGUGAGCCACAUUCUUCUUCUUUCCAGCCAGAGUUGAUCAAUCCCCAAAGGCCUGUGGUUCCACAACCUAUUGCCCCACAUUACACUUCUCUCUUUCCCUCGUACCUAAACAGAUACUGCCUCCCUAUUCACCCGGGCCCCCCUCUGCAUUAUACUCUGUACAGACCCCAUGAGCUCUCCAUGCAGAUAAGGGAAUCAAGAUAUCGUCCUUUGGAUCUGUAUGGCCCGGCCCCAGGGCCUAAGGAUUAUGAUUUAUACAUGCAUUCACAGCACAGUACCAACAUCCUCAACACAUCUACAGAAGAGGGGAGCAGCCACAGGCAAAGGGGAGACAAGGAAACAAGGCUGAGUCCUAAAGAGGGCUGUUCAGCCUUGGGGUCCCCCGACAGGCCUUGUCACGCACACAACAUCCAGAGAGACGCAGAGGCCCCACAUUACACCAACAAGGGAGACUCACAGACAACAACCCGACUAGGACCAACAGCUACAGCCGUGCAACCCUUCAACUGUGACCAACGGCACGAACAGUCUGCAGAAAGCUUACUGCCGUUGAAACACCUUCAUGUGGAUGGAGGAUUAGCUGAGAGCAGCAGAUAUUCCUCUACACCGCACCAAGAUGACGAGGACAACAGAGAAGACCUGGCCCCCCUCAACCUCUCAACGAGGAACCAGGACAAAGAGCCUACAGACCACAGAUUGAGGUGGUCAGACAAUCAGACACUAAAGGGGGAAGAGUUACCUCUGAACCUCAGCCUACGAGCUUCUUAUAGCAGUCCUGUUCCCAUCUCUGCCCCGAGCACUUCUGAAGAUCUUCAGCAGAGGCCAGACACUGAGCUGGACGAAGAACCAUGUGACCAGAGGCAGACUGCAGCACUGGCACUGUGUCAACUAGCCAUUGCUAGCUCUGUUGCCUCCUCAUCCAAAUUCAGCACUACAGAAAGGCCCUCAGAGGACUCAGACAGCUCUUGCUCUCCAAAGAAAAGCAAACACAUAACUAAGGCUAAAACAACAAGCAAGAAAAGAGCAAACAGCAGCCAGGCUGAGAGCAAGUGCCAUAAAGCCACCAAGAGGGCAAAAGCAUCAGGGCGGGCUCUCAGGAGGAGGCCUCGCUGCUGCUGAACUCUGACUCUUAUCAUAUUUGGUCACUUUCGCCACAACAAGCAUCAACUGACAAAGAUCAAAUGAUUGAACAUGUAUAAAAUGUAUAUUGCAGUGCCACAAGUUCAACAUUAAAAUUAAAUGUAAAGAUUAUUUGCAUAUAUUGUAUAUAUAAAACUAAACUUUUAUAACGGCUGUUUAUAUUUAAACCUGGACAUUCUUUGCAAUGUUGACAAUGUGACAAUGAAAUGUGGGGAUGUACUGUAAAGGUGAAUAUGUUGAAUAAAUAAAGAAGUCAUAUUUUA